UUUAAGAGGGGCCGCCGUCUGUCAUAGUAAAACUUUGCCCCAUCAGAAACAAGCUCCCCGUUUCGCUCCGAUUUAUCGGCCUCACGAAUGUAUAGCCGUUCAUCAAGAGAGAAGCCGAUUUUAAGCGAGCACUCACAUAUUCAUUCACGGUAAAGCGCAGAUAUAUAGGAUGAGGAGCGUCAGUUUCCAUCAUCCAACAGACGGCAAAACUCAGCUCUCGUCGUUAGUUCCAUAACUGGACAGCUUAGUUGGAGACGCCACCGGUACAGGCAUUCACCUCGCUCGUGUAUUCCACGUGGCAACUCGCGGAAUAUACUUCCUCUCUAUCACAUCAGUCGCAUACAAAGAUGGCACCAAACGAAUUGUUCCAGUAUUCCAUCGUCACGGCGUUGAUGGACGGUGUAGCGGAGAGUGGCCUUCCUCUAUCAGACCUCCUCCCCCGCGGAGAUUUUGGCCUCGGCACGUUUCGACACAUGGUUGGCGAAAUGAUUGUUCUUGAUGGUGUCAUUUACCAGAUGAAGGCUGAUGGCUCGGUGACCUCGUUCGGCCGUGACCAGCUAAACACGACCGUAACACCUUUCGCCAUGGUUACGCAUUUCCGCCCAACUUUAUCAACAAAGGUGACGGUGAAGAGCAAGGGAGACUUUGGAAAAUUGCUUACAGAUCUUAUGCCACAAGCGAAAAACAUUUUCUCGUCUAUAAGACUGGAAGGCAAAUUUAAAGCUGUUGUGGUCCGGACAGUCGGUGGCCAGCAGCACCCCGGCGAGAAGCUUUCGAAGUUGGCAGAAUCCCAAGUAGCGCAUUCAUUUGAGGACGUCCAAGGAUCGAUUGUGGGAUUCCGUUCUCCUUCGUAUAUGCAGGGCAUCAGCGUUGCCGGAGACCACCUACACUUUAUUUCUGCAGAUAGACGCCAAGGUGGGCAUCUCCUUGAACUGCAGACGGAUGGCGAAGCAGAGCUUGCAAUUGCCGCCAUUCGGAUCAUACACACGGAGUUGCCCACUAGUGACGACUUUAUCCAGGCAACAUUACAGACGGAUAGUGAAGGCAUAACAAAAGCAGAGAGCUAAUGCGGCAUCAUUGAUCAUUUUAACGCACAUAUUACAUCUAGACUAGUCCUAUCCGUAUCAGUACAUAGCCUUGGUUUUCAGUCUACUCGAAACCUAGGCUCAAGUUUCUAUCUUUAAUAAUAGCGACUCAAUAAUGUCAUCAUGUAACCAAUAGCAAAUGUCUUCUUAUGAAGAGAGGAAGGAAAUUGCAAUCUACAAGGAAAAGAUAAAAGAAUGAGAUCGAAAAUGUGGGUCAUAUUCGCCAGUGAUAUUCUCUAUAGGCAGGCAAUUCAGAAGCUUUCUAACAUGUUGGUGUCUCAUUUUCGCCAGUCAG